AUGAUAAAGCUCAUGGUGUACCGUCAACGAUUGAAAAACUUACAAGUGGUCCUAUGGAAUGCCAUUAAAACCGUACGGUAUCGACAUCUAUCGCUUAUAUUAUUAGAAUAUGUUCACUCUAUCAUACCACAUGCCUUCGAAAAAACUCUGUCUACAACAGCAACUUCAACGAAAACACGAAGUAAAAAUACAUCAGCUACAAAACACAAACUACCACCAUCGACCAAUUGGACAAAGAAAUCUAUAGUUGAAGAGGAAUCUGAAGAAGAAGAAAAUGAAGAACUAGAAAUUAUGUCGAUACUAUUUUUAUCAUUUGAUAAUUCGGUCGAUAAAAUUGGCUUACACUUAUACGACAUUUUAAAUAGCAAUUAUUUAAAUAAAAAACUGCUACAAGUGCAUCAUCAUUAUUGUCGCGUGGCAUCAUUUUGUUCAAGUAAACAACUUUUUCUUCUUCAAGCUCACGAUGAUCAAACAAAGAAUUUUGAACAAAUAAUAACAUCAACAUUAAAAAAUGAUUGUUUAUCAACCAAUGAUAUAUUGGCAUUAAUUAUUCUUGUUGAUAUUGCUACAACUCAAGUUCAUUUUAAAUAUAAAUCAAAAAUUGACUAUUUUCUCAGAUAUUUACGUACGUUUUAUCCAUUACAUCCAAUUUUAACAUUUUUUUUUCAUUCAAAACAUAUUUUAUACAAAUCUCCCUUGACAUGUUUUAAUUUUGCAUUUAUGUUAUCUACUUUAUAUCCAAUUGUUGAUGGUAUUAUAUUUUAUGAUAUUGAUGAACAUAAUUUGAACGAUGAAGAAUACUAUACGCAUAUUGCACAAAACAUAUCGACUCUUUUUCUACCUGUAUCCUCAUUACGUAAUAAUAACAUGAACAAAAGUGUUUGUAUUGAAUUACUUCAAUUAAUUCAACAUUUAGUUAUAAAUGAAGAUUUGAAAUUAAUUGAUUUUACACUUAUCAAAUUACCUCUAAGUGGUAGUGAUAGUUUAAACUGUUUAAGAAAAAAAUAUUCACAAUCUUGGAGUCAACAGAAUAAUAUAAGAAAAUGUUUUUCUUCAAUAUUAAUUAGUCGAGGUAAAUUAGCCAAUCAAUCGUGUACUAAAGAUCAUUUAGUAGCUUUAGAACGAAUAUUAGAAAUAACAACAAGUAAUAAAGAUGAACUAAUGAAUUGUCUCGAUAUUUGGAAUCACGAUGAUGAAAGUAAAUCGACGUGGACAGUACUUGUUAAUCAUACUUAUGUAAUUGAAAUAAUAUUAGAGGAUAUAUUAAAACCUUGUAAAGCAAAAAUGAUGAUGAAUAAUGCUUAUUUUUAUUGGUUAAAAAAGAAAUACAAUAAUCUAAUAAAUAUUGAACAAGAUAUUAAUAAUGCAUUAAACAUAUGCGAACAAAUUACUGAUCAUUAUAAACAGUGGAUAUGA